AUGGACGCUGAACCGUCUCAGCAGACACAGCCUGCUACGCAACAAGUCCUGGAUCCGCGGCGAUUAGGCAGGAACAAUUCUGGUCUUAACGAUGGUGAUAUUGCCGACGUUCUAGUCAUCCUCCACCCAGCCACUCCCACAGCUAUUCGGAUCGUCGAACAGACAGCGCAAACCCGACCUGAGCAUGUGCUCUUCCGCAACUCACUCGAUUCCAUGAGUAGUUCAAUCACCGAUGUUGAGGAGCAGGAGACUUUCAUCAUCAACGCCCCCGAAGGACGGCAAGGUGGCAGUUCGCGCGCUGGCGCAGACCUAGCCCUACGCAUGUCGUCUGCGAAGAGGCUGAAGUUUAAGCCGCUCGGAUUCAUAUUCGGACGCAACCACCAGAGCGCUGAUGUCAUCUUCGGUCAGGACUCCGGCAAGAGGAUAAGCAACCAGCACUUCCGCAUAUAUCUCAACGCGGAUGGUCUUCUCAUGCUCGAUGACAUGUCGACUAACGGCACCAUAGUUGACGAUUCGCUUCUGAAGUGCAAGGACCCACGCUUCAGCAAGAUGCGGAUGCUCAGCUCGGGAUCAAUCAUCUGUAUCCAAAACUCCAACGAUGCAGAGAUGAUCAAAUUUAUCGUGCGUGUACCUUCUCGCGUCAACUACAUGGACCGCUUCCGCGAAAACCUGCGCAACUUCAUCACGGAGUGCCAACCAGACUUUGGGGACGCACAGGGCAAGGCCGUUCAGCGAAUCACUAAACAGUAUGGCGGACCAUCGAUGAAGUGGGAUGGUGGUGAGACCUAUAACAUUGUCGGUCAGAUUGGUAAAGGCGCCUUUGCGACCGUUUACCAACUUGCUGAAAAGAUGACUGGAAAGCUUCUCGCUGCCAAAGAGUUGGAAAAGCGCCGGUUCAUGAAGAAUGGUAUGCUAGACAAGAAGAUCGACAAUGAGAUGAAGAUUAUGCAAGAUCUACGGCACCCGAACAUCGUCGAGUUCGUUGAAUACCACGACCAGGGUGAUUAUCUUUACAUCAUCAUGGAGUUCGUACGGCAAGGCGAUCUACAAGGCUACCUCAACCAGUAUGGAUCCAUGAAGGAGCAUGUUGCGAGGUUGAUGGCCCAGCAAAUCCUGAGCGCACUCAGUUAUCUUCACCGCGCGAAAAUCACUCAUCGCGAUAUCAAGCCUGACAACAUCCUGAUCUCCGAUCUGGACCCUUUCACAGUCAAGCUAUCAGAUUUCGGACUCUCCAAAGUUGUCAAACACGAGGAGACCUUCCUCAAAACCUUCUGCGGGACUCUGUUGUACUGCGCUCCAGAAGUAUUUCCUGAUUUCAACGGCCAAUCGAAAGGCACCAAGCGCCGGCGCGGCGCCAAAACAUACCACUCGUAUAGCUCUUCUGUGGAUAUAUGGUCCUUUGGUGGUGUGCUCUGGUACGCUCUAUGCGGCGAGCCUCCGUUCAAGGGUAUCGCAGAUGCUACCGGCGAAGCUAUGUUCAACAAUAUCAUGCGCACUCCUCUCGACCCGACACCGCUGCACAAGGCAGGUGUGUCCGCCGCUUGCAUCGAUCUUCUGACGCGCAUGCUACAGACAGACCCUGCAGCCCGUCCCACCGAUCGCGACUGUCUUAACCACCCUUGGCUCAAGGACGGCGCACAGUUUCUCGCUGACCCGACUCUUCAGUCCAUUGCGGAAGAAGAGGAGCCUGAAGAAGCAGAGCAGCAACUAUCGCAGCUCAGUAUCCAGGAGGAGGAGAUCCCCGAGUCGGACGAAGAAGGCGACAUCCUAUCUGAUGACGAGCUCAUGGCUUUUGUCACAGAGCGUCAACCGAAACGAGUUCGUGCCGAUCCUUUGUACCCUCGCAAUCAGACGCGAGACCACGAGGACUCCAGCAUCGAGCCUUCGUUUACUUCCUCACAUCUCGUGAAUGACGAGAGCUUCCAACUCAUUCCAACACCCAGGCAGCCUCGUUUGUUCGGUGAGAUUGGACAGUCUGCUUUGCAGAGCUCGGGAGUCUUGAGCGCUCAUGCCAACGAUGCGCUUUCGCAGGAUGGAUCUGUUCGCCUGGUUCAGAACGAUGGAGCAGGCAACACUAGUCACACUGCCGGUGAGGCGGAGUUCCAGGGUCCUUUUACUGCGCCUGCGCAGCUAGAGCGCGGCUUCUCUUCGCCUAGCCUCCUUGGUGCUGAGUCUUUGGUACGAGAUCUCAAUAUGACCUCGCCGUAUUCACCAGUAUCUAGGACGCAGAGUCCGGUGAUGCCAGCGACGCCCAAGACGCCGGAAGUCGUUCAACACAGCUCCCUGGAUCAGUCGUCCAAGGACUUUAGUCAAGUCAGCGAGCCUACUCCGAGAGCACGACCUUCCGGAAUGAACCGGCAGAUUAAUCUCCCUUUGACUGCUUCCUAUUACUACGAUCCGAAGGACCCGACUACGCAUAAUCUGGAGUAUGCUUCUAGAGUAAGCGGGUUCGACUUUGUGUCCAACAGUCGCGAUGCUACGAGUAAUACAUCCGCAUAUCCCGACACGACAGCAGCAUCGGAGGCAAGUGCGCUAUCAACAACAUCGAGCAUUGCGGCAGCACCAUCUUCAGCGGUAGCAAUUCCUUCAGUUCCUGUGGAAAUCGACAUCCGUCCACCGCCACGGCGGCUGGGUAAGCUCAUCGCAACUCCCGAUUCAUUUGCGCCCAACCUUGUUCUCAACAUUGAUCAGAGCAAAACUUCCUGGGGCCGCUUGGGCAACAAUACGAUCGUAUACGAGCACAGAGGUGAUACACGCGUUCCCAAAACGGCUUUCAUUGUGUUCUUCUAUUCGCCUGGUGGUCAAGCACAAGAGACUGUAGAGGAACUAUCGCAACAGGGCAAAGAUUGGACCACCUUGGAGAACCUGAACGUUGGUAUCUGGACUUGCGCAACACACGGUAUCUCGAUCAAUGGCAAACACCUGAAGCAGAAGGAUGAUAAGGGUCGUGCUCUUUUCGGACAUCUACAUACUGGCGAUAUCGUACAGGUAUACCACGAUGCCCGCGGAACUGAGUGCCUCAAGUUUCGUUGCGAGUUCUACGCCGGAGCUGGCAAGGAGCCACGACCGGCAGGCAACAGCUUCGGCACACUGAUCGGUAAUAGGCUCGAACAGUAG